AUGGUUCUGAAAUCAAUAACUCUUUAAUGGCUCUUAGGCCUUGGAUCCUUUAAGAGGUUCCAAAUUAACUUAAGUUCCUAAAGACCCUUUUACUUGAAAUCGUUAAACUCUUAUGAUUGGAACAAUAUCCUCAUCUCAUAAAGUUGCUCAACAUAGUUUAAAUAUAUUAAGAUUUGCAGAUAGAGUGUAUUACAUACAUAAGUUUUAAAGUUUAAGUUAGUACAAACACCAUUAUAUUCUAAUAUUGUUGAUUAAUUGGCUAUAGAGUUGAUACUUCCAAUAUAAUAAAAUAUGAAUAAUCAUUUAUUUAUAGGUCCAGUUCUAUUUCACCUCCUAAAUUAUUUGAAUUUGAGAAAAAAGAUGAUGAAAUCAGCUAUCAUAAUUCUAAUAAAAAAAAUGUCAAUUAAUUGA